CCCAAAACUCACCUCACGGAGCCAUCCCCGGGCCAAACUCAAUUCCCUUCUACUACUCCCUCCUUCCUACCCAACAGUCCUUGACUGACAGCCUCAACGCUCCAAAACAGAGCAACCGAGCCGACUCCACCUCCUCAUUUGAUCCAGAGUCAGGAUUGAACCGCAAGGCUUUCCGGAAAGAAGCUUCGGGGCCGACCUGGAUAGGGACAAUCGCUGACGUGCUGACGGUACGAAGUGGGUUGUAUUGAAAAUUGUGGAAUCUUUGGUUGGGGAUUCACGCAGGCCUGCAUAAUCAAGCAAGCAAGCAAAGCAAGCGAGCGAGGUGAUUUUUAUGAAUGCCGGAACUGCCGGUUAUGUCAGCGACAAUUGAAUUGCCCCUCCUAACAUCGUCACUCAGUCUGGAACACAAAAAUCUGCCAUUGGGGACUGGAGUACAGGUACCACAAUAAGCAAUCCAUUGACAUUUACAAUGGAAGUCAAGAACCAGGAAAGUUUGCCACCAGCCAGAUCCUCCCAGCCAUAAGCCAAGUACGGCAUAGAACCGAUCUCCACCUCGCACGCAUCCUGUAAACUCCCAACCCCACCCCAAAUAGGAAAAACUACAACUAACCCCUCCACACCACAUGCCAUCCACAUGCAUCUUCGGGCCCGUAGCUCCAAAAACGGUAGUACUGGCUUACCAGCCAGGAAGAGAGGUGCCGAUCCCUGUACCUCCCACACGCUUACACUGCAUUAUGAGGCGUUAGUCACCAAAUAGCAUGACGGCUUCAUCGAAAGCUGCUGCAUGGGUGCGGCCGUACGUGCUGCUUGUGGAACCGUGUCUGAGCGACCGGUAAUGAGGAGCUGAUGAGGAGGAGUGAGGUAAGGUAAGGUAAGGUACCCAGGUAGGUAAGGUACCCAGGUAGGUAAGGUACCCAGGUAGGGCGGUAUAAGAUAAGGUACGGACUACCCCUCUUCUGAAGAGGGCUGAGUUCUGCUCACUUCUUUUCUCGGUUUUUAUAUUCUUACUAUAUAUUUUGAGCUGAGUGACAGAGAGGAAAUUAUCAUAAUGGCUGCCGCUGCCAUUGAAACAGUUAAUCGUCCUGAUGAGUGGAAGAUCGAGCAGGGUAUCAAUGGAGCGAAACUGCCGUUCUUGGAUCAGACUGGAUCGGAGACUGUGAAGAUCCAGCCUGUGGUGUGGGGAGAAUUGACAAAAGAUCAAGCUGCUAUUGAUGCAGUGGGGAAUCGAGAUGAGUUGUUCAAGAGGGAGCUUGAUGGGUGGAAAGGCUAUGUCGAAUGGGAGAAGUACCCCGAGAAGAAAGCCAAAGCCCACAAAAUCCUCACCUCGCAAACCUUCCCUCCCAACCCAGAAUACCAAAUGGGUCCCAUCCCAGACACGAACCCCGUCCUCCCUGGCGACGACUACAAAGCCUGGCACGCAGCCAUCGGCGGCGAGCUAGCCACCGCCUCAGACGACUCCUGGGCCACCGUCCUGGAAGAGAAACAUCCCGACAUGUUACACCUCCUCCAAUUCCCGUACAACGGCGAACCCCCCAAACGUCUCGUGACAUCCAAACCCGUCACACCGAACCCAUUGCACUUUGUGCGAAACCACGGCGGAAUUCCCGUCAUCGAGAAGGAGAAAUGGAGUCUCGAUCUCGACGGCCUGGUCGCCAACCCAAAGAAAUACACCCUCGACGACCUAAUGGACGAGUCCAAGUUCCCCCGCAUGGAAAAACUCGUCACAAUCCAAUGCUCCGGUACCCGUCGAAUCGAGCAAAUUGCCCUUUACGCUGGCCAGGGCGACGAAGUUCCUCAAGCACCCUGGGCAGAAGGCGCUAUCGGUACAGCUCACUACAAGGGCAUCUCCCUCAAGAAAGUCAUUAAAGACUGCGGUGGACUCAUCAAAGGCGGGAAACACCUCGAGCUCUACGGCGCAGAGACGUACUUCAAAGCCGAGCAAGCCAUGAACUACGUCGUCAGCGUGCCCUGGUCCAAAGUUAAAGCCAACGAGGUGAUCCUCGCCUGGGAGAUGAACGGCGAGCCGCUCCCGAAGAUCCACGGGUAUCCGCUGCGCGUAGUCGUCCUGGGGUACAUCGGCGCCCGCAGCGUGAAGUGGCUAUACCGCAUCAAAGCCAUCGAGCACCCUACCCUGGCGCCCGUGCAGAGCAAGGAGUACCUGUAUUUCAACCAGCAGAUCGGCAAGCACAACCAGCGGCCCACGGACGGGAUCCAGAUCCAGGAGAUGCCGGUCAGUUCGGCGAUCAUGUCGCCGUGGAGCAAGCAGGUCGUCAUCCACAACGGCAGCAUCAGAUGCAAAGGUUGGGCGUACUCUGGCGGUGGUCGCUGGCCCGAACGCGUGGAAUUGUCCGCCGACGGGGGAUUCAGCUGGUACUCUGUGCCGAACGACCAGCUCUCCAAGAAACACAAGUGGACGUGGCGGACGUGGGAGUUUGACCUGCCGUGCGACGUGGAGGGCUGGAUCGAGAUCGUGUGUCGGUGCUGGGACAACUCGCUGAAUACGCAGCCGUUGACGGUUCGUGCCGCGUGGAAUUGGGGCCUGCAUGUUACGAGCUCGGCGCAUAGGGUCGCGGUGUAUAGUAUGAAUAAGAGUCGGCAGAUUACGAGGGAGAGGCUGGCGAAGUUUGAGCAGACGGGGACGCCGCUGGCGCCGUUGACGUGUCCUGAGCAUUUUGAGACGCAGAGUUCGGAGGAUUAUAAGAGGUUUUGGGAGGAGAAUGAUCCGAGGGAUGUGGAUGAUUGAGGCGUUGGGCGGGUUUUAUGUCGUCACGUGGAUUUGUUUUUGAAUGGGAUGCUUGUUCUGGUUUGUAACUAGGCUUGAGUUUGCG